AUGCCCACGACGACCAAGUGGACGACUGUCUAUAGCGACAUGGCUCGAGAGGACUCCCAACUGCUCAUGGAAGACAUGAAGGUGUUCAUCAUCGUCAAGAGUCAGCUGGUUCCAUGCGUCGUGUGUGCGCUGACCAAGCCACACAAGAUGCGUUACCAACUGUUAAGAUAUUCCUCGGAAACAUGCAAGGCAGCAGCACCGUAUGACGCGUGCCCAUGGAAGGGGAAGGUUCUCACGUGUCAAGGACUUAACCGCACGCUGGUGAAGGAGCCCCAAAAGGUCAAGUUGACUCCACGGCUGAAGGAUUACGGCCGUGAAAUGGUGACGCAAGGCCUCAAGCCCUCUCGAAUUCGCAAUGGAAUGGCUCGACGUUUUGGACUUACUGAGUCGGAGUUGCCGACGCUGCGUCAGGUGCAAUGGUUCGUCAGCAGCUAUUCGAAGAAGAACCUCCACCGCAAUGACGACUAUGACCAAAUCCUGAGCCAAAUCGAUCAGCUGGCGUAUGUUGGGCUGACAACUAAAAGACUUUUGCUGAAUGCGGCUCGCGACCCGGAGACGUUCGUUUUCCACAUGGAUGCCACCUUCAAGUUGAACCAAGUCGGGUAUCCUGUCAUCGUGUGUGGGAUCUCUGACAAGUGUCGCUCAUUUAACCUCAUGACACUUUUCAUUACGUCGCAACGCUUGGAGGACAUUUACGUGACAGUGCUGACUGAACUGCGCAGGAGUUUUGCUUCAGUGUCGGGUGGGCGUCAACUGGUGGUCAAGUUCGUCAUGGCCGACGCUGAAGCUGCUCAACAGAACGCAGUGGUGGUGGUGGACGUUUACGACCUGCAUUUUGCGGCUAGCCAAGAUGUCUAUGACGAACAAGUGAACACGAUUCUAACGAGUCGGUCGGACGAAGAGCAGAUGGUAUGGUUCCGAGGCUAUUUCGAACGCACGUGGCGUGACUACACACUGCGGACCAAACAUAAGAUCGGGACGCUGAUCCAGUUGCUGGCGGAUUGUUGCGGACAUCAGUCAGUGACUCCAAGAAUCUUCAAGGAAUCCCCUGAGGCCACCCAGCAGUUAAAUGCAAGGGUUAAGGAUUUUCGCCGCCGCGAUCUUCUUGUGGACAUGACUCCGAGCCGAUCCAGUAUCGACUUCCAACUAGUUUCCCCCAACCCAGACGUGGUUAGGGUGCUGUUACGUGGCUGCGCGCUUGUUUACCUCCCGAAGCUCGGGCGCAGUCGUGAGGUGGGUCCAGUAUCGGCGCAAAUGGGAGUUAAUUACGCGCGAAUGGAAGUGGUUGGGAAGCCUGAGGGUGGCUGA